AUGAACACAAAUGGAAAUGCCGGUUCACAGGAGGGUGGAAAUGGCAAUGAGUACGGUAGUAGUGAGGAAACCGCAGCACUGCUGAGCCGUGCACCACCGCCUCCAGUUGUUGUUGCGGCUGGAUCACAGGGAAAACCCGUAUUAACGCGCCAGGAUCGUGCAACAUUUCUCGUUGCAUCACCACAGUUAUCGGUGUCUGGUCUUGGCGGGUCGGAGGAGAGUGCGACAAAUGAGGAUCCAUCGACUAGAUCAGUACCGGAUAUCGAAUUGCACUGUCGUCUCGAUGGUGACAAUCAGCAUCAACAAUGCACAUCACAUCAUCCAACCACCACUCUUUAUCGCACCAGACAGACAUCGCAUCAGUACAACCGUUGCCGAUGCGACAGACGAGACUCCCUCGCACCCUCAUCUGCCCUUCAUCUGGCACGCAGCGUAUCCAGGGAAAGCGUCAAGAGCGGCUACCACUGCUGUCCGUGUCAAGCACCACCACCACCAGUUCUCGUGACUACAUCACCCAGUGCACGGAUUAUUCGACAGAGUUCACAGCCAGAGGCGUCUGCAUGCUGUUGCUCGGGUUCAUGCUGCCCCCUGCAUGCAGGUGCUGCACCAAGUGCAUCACUCAGGCAACUGCGUGAGCCUGGCGAUGGAAUCGCGGGAAUUGCCGCUGAUUCGCUCAGGAUCAACGGUGGAAUACGACAGUUUCGGCAGUUUCCCUGGUGGUGGUGCAAAUCGUCGACAUCGACGAUGGCAACGACACCUCCGCCGCCGAUUGCCGGCUCAGCAACGGCUUCUGGCUCUGGUGGUGGGGCCCAGGGUGUCGUACUCUGCCCGCGAACGCUGUCACAGGUGCGUCGUUCCAAGCUCCGGAGAGCCCUCACCGAGGCAACCGCCGAGACCGUCAGCUACGUCAAGACGCUGCGGAAGCCAGUGUCGACACUUUCGAUCCCCGGGGCGAUGAGAAGCAGCAGUGGGACCGGAGGUGGACAAGGUGGUGGUGGUGGUGGUUGUGCCAGUGGUGUCUUGACUAGUGCCGGUGGUGAUGAUGCUGGAAUUGCCCUCGUCGGUGUCCACUCGGAAUAUCCACGCUACAUGGACGAGCGUGGAUUGGGUGGUGGACCCAUGAAGAUAGCACCAUCGGGCAGCAUUGGACCUGGCUCAAAACACAAGCCCAACGUUGGCUACAGACUUGGCAGGCGAAAGGCACUAUUCGAAAAGCGCAAACGCAUUAGUGAUUAUGCCCUUGUCAUGGGAAUGUUUGGCAUCAUCAUGAUGGUGAUUGAGAAUGAGCUGUCAAGCGCUGGAGUUUAUACCAAGGCCUCGUUCUACUCGACUGCACUGAAAACCCUGAUAUCUAUGUCUACUGUGAUACUGCUUGGCCUCAUAUUUGCUUACCAUGCCUUAGAAGUACAGUUGUUCAUGAUUGAUAACUGCGCCGACGAUUGGCGAAUCGCAAUGACUUGGCAACGAAUAUCCCAAAUAUCCAUGGAGUUGGGGAUAUGCGCAGUACAUCCAAUACCCGGUGAAUACUACUUCCUAUGGACGACCAAAUUGGCCAACAAGGGUGGUGAUAUGGGCUCCCAAUGGGUGCCCUACGACGUAACCCUCUCAUUGCCAAUGUUUCUACGCUUGUACUUAAUCUGCCGUGUGAUGCUCCUCCACUCAAAAUUAUUCACAGAUGCGUCAUCGAGGAGCAUAGGGGCCUUGAAUCGCAUAAACUUUAACACCAGAUUCGUUUUAAAGACUCUCAUGACCAUCUGUCCGGGCACUGUGCUCCUCGUUUUCAUGGUAUCACUGUGGAUCAUUGCGUCGUGGACGUUGCGCCAGUGUGAAAGGUUUCAUGAUGAGGAACAUGCAAACCUGCUCAACUCAAUGUGGCUCAUAGCCAUCACGUUCCUCAGCGUCGGCUUCGGUGACAUUGUACCUAACACGUAUUGUGGACGCGGCAUAGCCGUAUCUACCGGUAUAAUGGGAGCAGGCUGCACAGCUCUGCUGGUCGCUGUGGUCUCCAGGAAAUUGGAACUGACGAGGGCAGAAAAGCACGUGCACAAUUUCAUGAUGGACACACAGUUGACGAAAAGAUUGAAAAAUGCAGCGGCGAAUGUACUGCGGGAAACGUGGCUUAUAUACAAACACACGCGUUUGGUGAAACGGGUUAAUCCGGGUCGCGUGCGGACGCAUCAGAGGAAAUUCCUCCUGGCAAUUUAUGCACUCAGGAAAGUUAAAAUGGACCAGCGGAAGUUGAUGGACAACGCCAAUACAAUAACAGAUAUGGCAAAAACUCAAAAUACAGUGUACGAAAUAGUGUCGGACAUGAGCACGCGUCAGGACUCCCUGGAGGAGCGUCUAGUGAGUCUCGAGGACAAGUUGACAUCCCUCCAAGAGCAACUAGAGAUGCUACCAGAGGCCCUGACCCGUUGCUUGGCCCAACACGCCGAGCGAAUGGAGCAACGACGUAACUUUCUCCAUCCAGACACAGCUGUUGUCCUAGCAGCGACCCCCAGUGGUGGCUGUGGCUCAGCCAGUGGUAUCGGCAAUAAUCUCACUGUCGGAAUGUCUGGAAAUCUGAGUUCAGCUGCUCAUCAUCCACUGGCAAGCCUAUCCAAUUCACCACUACUGCCACACUCGAGGAGUGUACCAAGUGCACCAAGCACAAUGUCCCUUCAUCCAUGGCCAGCGAGUCCAGUACUGCCACCAGUAUCAAGCAGAACACCACACCUUGUACCAGACACUGGAGGUGGUAAUACGAGACAGCCCCAGCAGAUGCAACACACACUAUCAACCUCAUCACAGUCAGCAACACGACUCACUACCCAAGCUGGCAUGGGUGGUCUUGGCACGAGUCAGGGCUCAGAUACGUCACCACACAGCUGA